AUAAAUAGAUUUUACUAUAAUGAAAUAGUUUAUGAUAAAUAAUUUUUCGUUCUUAAUUGUAUUACCAAUGCAAUACUAUUAUUCUUGUUCAAAAAACGUAAUAUGAGUUUGGUUGUGUAUUAAUUAAGUAUUACAAAUAAAAAUGUCCAGUAGUAAUACUGCAGUAAACUCUGUUAUGGGGUUAAUGUCUCAUUUAACACCCUCUGAAUUAAGGGAAAUUCUGAAUGAUGAAGAAAAAUUUGAACAAUAUGCUAAAGAAAUAAAAACAAGUAAAGAUGGGGAUACUGAAAAAGAAAUGUUGAUAGCGAGUAAUCGAUCGCUAGCAGAAUUCAAUCUAACUAAAGAGCCAGAACUUAGUGAUGGUAAAGUAAAACUGCGUGAACUUUACGAGGAAGGUGAAAAACUAUAUAAUAGUGUUUUAGAGAAAGUUAAUAUACUCAAAGGACAUAAAAGUAGUACAAACCCAGAAACUAUUUUGGCAUUGCUACAAACUGCAGCUUGUGAAACUGAAGAAGAGUCUGAUAAAAUGGCUGAAAAAUUUCUCAGUGGUGACAUUGAAUUGGAUGGAUUUUUGGAAGAUUUUGUUAAUCAACGUAAAAAUAUGCAUCUUAGAAAAGCUAAAUCUGAUAAAAUGGCCGAGUUGUUACGUAGACGUAACAGUUCCUAUCGAUCAUCUAUUGAAAAUGUUACUAAUAAAAUAAUAGGAUAUCCUCAACCAGGGUACUCUCAGCAACCCUACUUUCAACCUAAUAAUUCUGUGCCUUAUCCAAGUAUGCCUGUUAAUAUGCCUAUGCCAAUGCCUGGAAAUCCAUUUAUCAACAAACAUUUUUAAAAUUAUUUUAUUAAUUUUAUAAUAUUAUUCUUAAAAAAAUAUUAUUGAAACUAUUUUUAAUAUAUUACACUUGUAAACUUAAAUUAUGUAUAUAAAAUAAAAUAUAUAAACAUUAGUAUGUUAAUAAUGCGUCUUUAUUUUAUUAUCACCAUUUAAGAACUCCAGGUAUGUAUUUAUCAAUAAGUGACUGAUAAUAAGGCUUCAAUUUUUCAAUAUCUGGCAUUUCUCCUCCUUUUGUAUAUAA